AUGAUGAAGAGGAGAAAAAACGACAAGAUAAAGGUAUGUCUCGGAGCACUGUUAAAGUAUUUUGGAGGAGGCAGUGACUCUGCCCAGGGGCAAUCCACCUCCUCAGGAGCAGCCCAGGCUGAUGUAUCAGGUCCAUCUCUAUCCUCUGCUACAUCCACUGUACCCACUGUCCUCUCUGCAACCUCAGCUGUACCUGGAGCACUGUUAAAGUAUUUUGGAGGAGGCAGUGACUCUGCCCAGGGGCAAUCCACCUCCUCAGGAGCAGCCCAGGCUGAUGUAUCAGGUCCAUCUCUAUCCUCUGCUACAUCCACUGUACCCACUGUCCUCUCUGCAACCUCAGCUGUACCUGGUCCUUCAUCUUUGGUCAUUGAGAUUGAUGUGUCUUCUUCAGCAUCCAGUUUGCAGCAGGGAUCAGCAGCUCCGCCAGUGGACCCAGCUGAGUGUCCCUCUUUCCUGUCGGACUCAGAAAGGACUGAACAGGUCGACUUCACCGGAAACAAAGUCUCAGUUUGUUUCAAAGGCAAACGCGACACAAGUGACAACGACUGUCUUCUGCUGGGUCAAGGUGCAGGAAUCAACAAGGGGAAAUGGGACAUUAUAAAAAGUACCACUGCUCCAGGAUCAUUUAUUCAUAAAGCGCUGCCACAACUCACAGGGACAGCAACAUGCUUCUCAUACAUUCAAUUCCUCAAGGACUCUACUGCCUAUCUUUACAUUGACUUCAGAACAUUUGGUGAACAAGGAGUUGUUACUAAUAGAAUAGAAAGUGACUAUCCAUCCGCUACUCUGAACGUUGAAGUUCAGGUUGGUGGUAAGAAAGUGACGACGUGGGAGAUUAAGGAGAAAAACAAGGAGGUCUUCAAGGACGCGAGCGCCUGCAGACACUCAGGUGCUAUUGUUCUACCAGAGAAGAAAGGAUGUGACUCAGAUGGCUCCUCUGUAACGUGCAGUGCCUCAGCAGUGUCCAAAACUACUCCUUGUGACUCUGGGAAGAAAUGCGAGGGCGAGGGCCUGUGUGUGGCGCUGCCUCCGAAAGCUGCCGUGUGCACCGUGACCGGCUCCACUGUCAUCGAUGUCGACGGUAAGGCUGCCUCCAUCCCGGAUCGCUGUGCGUACACUCUGAUGUCAGAAACAGGGGUCAAGCUUCAGGCCAUCUUCAAGGACCGCCAUCGUACAGAUGUUAGCUUUUUGGAUCAUGUGAUCCUGCAUCUGGAUGGGCCAGAUGUUAAGAUUCACCUGGAACAAGGUGGGAGGGUUACGCUGAAGGGCAAAGAGCUGACCCUCAGCAGCACACCUGCGAAGCAUCACGAUGUGGAGCUCACUAAGGACCAAACUGGGGUCACCGCCAAGCUGUUGAAGUCCAAAUACGGCACCUCUGUCUUCUUUGAUGGCUACACCGCACAGAUCUACACGAAAGUACCAAGUGGAACCACCAUGCCGGGUCUAUGUGGCAAGUCCAGUCGGACUCUGAGUGAAGUGAAGGUUGCUGACUUAAGCUCUGACAGCUGUGACAAAGUGACCAAGGAGACUGAUGGCAAUAAGUUUGAAUGCACGGACAUGACUAAACGGUGUGAACUCCUGAAGAAGGCUCCCUUCGACUCCUGCCACAGCUCCAUCAAGCCUGAUCCCUACAUCAAAGCCUGCAGCGACACUCUGUGCAAAUACCCGGCGGUGGACGGUCUCAAGUGCCAGUUCCUGGAGGCCUACGUCAAAGCCUGCAGCCUGCUCAACAAGAAAGUGGAGAACUGGAGGACAUCGACCAGCUGCUCCUCUGACAAGGCCUUCUGUCAGGACACGUUCUGCAGUGCUCAUGAGUUCUGUGCUGAGGAUACCAGCGGUGGAACCAGCUGCCUCUGUCGAUCCAGUUUUGCCUCCAAAUACAGAAAGGCAAAAACUUUUGGCGAGCCGACCGUCUGCGAUAAAAACUCUGCCUCAGUCAGUCUGGCUGGUUGUCUCAUGGAGGAAAAGAACAUCGACUACUCUGUCUUACACCUCAACGACAAGAAGUGCAAAGGUCAGCGGGACGAAAAGACCCACAUGGUGACCUUCGACUUCAAGAGCGACACCUGUGGGACAGUGCUCACGGCCGAAGACAAACAACUUAAGUUCAAGAACUCCAUCGUUGCUCAGGACAGCUCUGGCUCCAAGAUCACUCGCCAUGAUGAAGUGAAAAUCGACCUCUCCUGCUACUACGACCAAACGAAAGAGGAAACCAUGUCCUUCAAAAUCAAAUCCAGCUCUGUGACCCAGACGAUUGUAUCUGGGGCUUGGGAAUACACUCUGACCAUGAAUGCCUUCACCGACGCCAGCCGCACACAAGCUGUGUCAUCCAGCACUGAAAUCCUGCUGGACCAGACCGUCUGGGUGGAGCUGAAGACGGCCGGGCUGGAUGGCACACUGGUCGCCGUGGUGACCGACUCCUGCUGGGCGACCAACGACAAAUCACCCACUGAAGACCCGAAAUACGACCUGAUCAAGAACGGCUGUCCCGACUCUGCUGACAAGACGGUGAAAGUGGAGAGCAACGGAAAGGGAACGUCCAACUACUUCUCCUUCAACAUGUUCCAGUUCUCUGGGAAGUCUGGUGACGUCUACCUGCACUGCAAACUCAACCUGUGUGUGAAGAAGGGCAACACCUGCGCCAAGAGCUGCGAUGGCAGUAAGAGAAGACGCAGAUCUGCCAGGAACAGAUAUGUGGAUGAAAACCCAGCCUUCAUCACCAUGGCCUGGACUAAUUAG